CGCAGUCAGUGCCAGAUGCAUUCGCGACGUUGCGAUGGCGCCUUUACGCGCCUUUACUACGGGGACUUUCGUCCUUCACGAUCGUGACGUUGGCAGCACUGGAGGGGUGUCAAUUCAAUACGAAAAACGGGUGACGAGGGAUGCGUGAUGCGAAUGAUGGGACGCUCGAACAACGUGUAAUUAAUAAAUUCCUCGUUGAAGAAUCGAUCUGUCGGCGGACUCGUACGGCCUACGACGCGCCGAAGAUGUUGAUCUACGAUGUGUUGCACAAGGAGAGGGUGUACCACGCUGUUGCCAGUGAUCUCCGGGGCCUCGGAGUUAAGUAUCGCUUCAAGAAGAGUAUGCUUAAGAGCGAGAGGCCCGAGGUGUGCAGGGACAUAUCCAAGAAGGUCUUCAAGAUCCCUUUGUUUUACCAAGCCUUGGACAUUGUCAAUCUGUCGUCGGGCGCCAUAGUCCACGUGCCUGUGUUUGUGAUUCAAGCCACAACGUUCCUGGAAGAACACGUCGCUCAGGAGGGUCUGUUCAGAAAGGCCGGAUCACAAGCGCGACAGAGGGAAUUGAUAGCUCGUCUGGAUAACGGCGGCGGUUUAGGCGACAAGAAUCACGCGGUCGACAUUGCCAAUUGUCUGAAAUCCUUCUUCCGAGACUUGCCCGAGCCGCUGAUUCCGUACGCGUACCACGACCUGUUCGUGCACUGCGCGUUGCUGAAGAGCCAUCGGGUGCAGGCGUUGCUGCUAGCGUGUACGUUGCUGCCGCCGUAUCACUUGAACACCUUGGCAUUCCUCAUGGAGUUCUUGAAGAAGGUUUCUAUGUACGAGAAACAAAACAAGAUGAGCGUUGAGAACCUGGCGAAAGUCAUUGGACCGAAUAUCAUGCCGUUGCAAGAAACGUCCAUGGCAGCUGUACAGAAUAGAUUGCAGAUGCAUUUAACUAUUGUCAAGAUUCUGAUUGAAAAUUCAGAAAGUAUUGGCAUCCUACCACCUCAUAUCGCACAAAGUGUUUCUACCGAAACAAGCGGCAGCACUGACAAUGGACUGGACUCGUUUGAGCUACACAGAAAGCAUAAAAAGAAGAAGCAUCGUAGUGGAAGUCUUACACGAAUGUUCAACGGCUUAAAGAAGAUGGUUGGAAAAGGCACAGAUGAUCCAUCUAAUAUUAAUCAUCCGCAAUCUCUUAUACAUCCAAUGGAAUUAAAUAUGGCUUCUAACAAAUUUACCAAAAAGCGAAAAGUAACUGAAAGGGAACAUCCGGCGGGCAUAAAGAAAACGAGAAUGGCUGAUAAAUCAGAUAAGCCAAAGAAACUAAGACUGAGUUUAGACAAAUUGGUACCUAAGAAUAAACAAAAGAGCGUUGAUGGUAACCUAUCAGAUUCAUAUAUGGGUAAUUACAAACUGUGUAAUGAAAGACGUUGGAGUUCAGUAAGCAAUUCUUUCGAUGCACAUAAAAUAUGUGAAUGCAACGACGGAAUACCAGAACUGAGAUUAACCAAAUAUGAUGAACCAUCAAAUAAUGAUUUUCGCCAAGAGUAUAACGAUGUAUUCAUUAAUGCCACUGUGGAUUUAUCAGAUGAUGGUGGCGGGCGGGACUUGCUUAUAAAUAAAUGUCGUCGUAGAAGUGGUGAACAAUGGCAUAUGAAUGUAAGCACAAGUUCGAGAAAAUUGGAUGCUACAGAUGAAAGUGAUAAUAUAUGCUUGUUGACACCUGAGGAAAAGAUGACUGAUUCGGAAGAAUUUGAUACAUUUCUUCCUAGUAGUGUCAUAAUAUCUUCAUCAAGUGAUCACUGUGAAGAGGAUUAUGUCAGAAUCCCUAAAAGUGAAUACGAAGACAUAAAAAAUCGAGUUUCUGCAAUUGAAUCGCGUAUUUCUCAAGAAUUUGGAUGUAUAUACAACGAGAAGAAUGAUAUAACUACACAUUCGCUAAACAAUGUACAGACAGCGUACGAGAAAACAUUAGAAGAGGCUAGUAUUGAGAAUACUCUGACAAGCGACUAUCUAGCAAAAAGACUGAGUAAAGAACUAAAGAUCAGAAGGUCGGGAGAACAUAAAAUCAUAAGAUCUCCCAGCGCAAGAAAAAUUGGAUCGUUAAGAAGACGUUCACAAGAGAAAGUCACAAGCAAACGUGUUAGAAGAUCUGCAUCGUGGCAUACUUCUCCAGAAUUUAACUUACAUCACAUUCAACUCGGAAGAGUAAAUGUUUAUCCCACCGAACAAUCGACUUAUUCUAAUAAAUACUUAGAGGAGCAAUCUCAUUCUGCUGAAACAUGUAAUGAAAAUAUUUCUAACAAUAUGAGAGAUGAGAUAGCCUGUUUACAUAAUCAAAUUAAUACAUUGAUUUCUCGUUCAAACGGACAACGCAAGAUUUCAAAUAAUAGUGACUUGGAUAUUUCUGGAUUUAAAGAUCUCCAUUUAAAUAAUAACAAUACGACUACACCUGUGCGUAGAGCAUCAUCAUUUCAUGGAAAAGAUUUUGUAGAUAAUUCAUCCUAUUUUGAUAAGAAAAUUGAUGACUUAAAAAAGGCGAACAGUCAUCAAAAUGUAACCUUAAAUAAUGAUUGUUUACAAAGAAACAAGACUGUUUUCGAGGGCUCGAACAAAAUAUCUUGGAAAGAUGCGGAUAAAUAUUUUAAAUCAGCCCGAACAAAUACACCUGCUCCACAGACCGGCAGAGCAUCCGUCGCGAAACUUCGAACACAAAAUGCUGGUAUGGUAUUAGCUAAAGCAAGAUUAUUUGACGAGGGCACUACGAAAACAUCCGAAUUUGUACCGAGUAAUUUAUCAAAUAGGAAACAUUGUCGUGACAAUGUAACUAAACAUUCUCCAAAUUUAGCUAAAGAAGUGGAUGUUGAACAUUUUAAGCAAACUUGUAACAGGACACAAAUCUCUCGAAAAAAGUCCAACAAGGAUUCGAAAAAUAAGAAUCGUCACGCGGCGUUGUCUCCGCAAAUUAAAACGCAAGUAAUAGAUACGUCAUUAAAAUCGUUUCAAAAAGGAUUGAACGAGCAUUACCGUUCCGUGCGGAAAUUUGAGCUGCAAAAUCAGAAACUUUCGAACAAGGAUCCAGCUAUAUAUCAAACUUUCACUAAAGAUAAAGAGAUUAACAUCGCGCACGACACGAAAAUUCAUCAGAAGGAAAACCUCGCCGCAAAAGGAUCGCCAUUGACGAAGAUGCCUGUCAGUACAACGCUAGACAAUCCAAAUAUGUCUCCUUACAAAUCAGAUGUUAGCAAAACCCCGCAUAUUAAGCGACCUUUAACAGUAAAAACGCCAAAAAGUUCAAAAUUAGUGCGUAGGCCUCCAGUUGACACACGUAGAACACCAUUGAAAGCAACGGCACACCUAGGAACCCCAAAACGUCAAAGUCCUAAAAGUAUCUUGAAAACAAGAGCUCUCAGUAUGUAUACGUAACCAGAAGUAUCAUCAUAAGUACUAUAUGUUGAAUUAGUCUCAUAUAUGUAUACAUAUAUAUAUAAUAUAUAUAUACACGUUAUUUUAAGAAACUAUAAUUUUUAUACAUUUUUAAAAUAAUAUAAUCAAUAUCUUUUGUGUGGUGUUGUUAAUAUAUUGAAUACUUAUAUUAGCAAAAUGUACGGAAGUUACUACAAGUAUAAAUAGUCGCAGGAGCAAAACUGAUAGUUUAAGCGUUUAAAGUCACAUUUGAAAAAUAGUGAUUUAAAGACGUCGAUUACAUAUCUGUUGUAGUUUAGCAAAUUUAUCUUUUUUUUUUCUUUAAGGAUAAUACACGGAAACAUUUGAAAUAUCUUUAAGGCUAGUCAUUGCGUGCAUCUGCGCUCUUAAAUACAUCACGUUCAUUGUCAUUCGAUGACAAAUUCAGCAAUAUUCCUAUCGUCGUUCGUUUACAUGUAACACAAAUCAACUAUAAUUGACAUUUGACUUGUGGAUGUAUCUAUUACAAAUGAGACUAAUUAUAUCGUUACUAUAUUUUUGCGUA